UCCAGAGGAGAAUUAAUUACAGAAGAUUCUGGGUCAGACUUAUACAGGGAUUAGUUGCCUAACAUUUCUUUGAUUUCUCACUGAAAAAAAUGGGAUUUAGGUAGAUGACCAAACAGCCCUUGUUAGUAAACCCAGGAAGAAAGGAGGAAAAGGUGAUCUAGCAUCAGCUGGAUUUAACAUUAUCAACUCUAUCAUAGGAUCAGGUAUAAUUGGAUUGCCAUAUUCAAUGAAGGAAGCUGGUUUUCCACUAGGAGUACUGCUUUUAUUUGGAGUUGCCUAUAUCACAGUCAUUCCCAGAAGAUAAUAAACACUGAUACUGUUCACAGAAAGGAACUGUUCCUAUCGCAGCACAAAUUACAAGCUAAGUGAAAGACAGAUGAGGAAUAGACGAGGUCUAGCUACUGUCUGUCAAGACAUCUGUACUAAGAUUAUUCCAUUAUAUUACUAAUCAAAGGAGGAAACCUCUCCAGUGCCAACACCUAUCAAGAUCUGGUCAGAAAAACAUAUGGGCUUGUAGGUUAUCUAAUUCUUUCAACUCUUCAAUUUUUAUAUCCAUUUAUUGCUAUGAUCAGUUACAACAUAAUAACAGGAGACACUUUAACUAAAGUUUUUCAGAGAAUUCCUGGAGUUGGAACAGAUAACGUGCUUACCGACCGUCACUUCAUAAUCCUUCUUACCACCAUCAUCUUUACCUUGCCUAUAUCUUUAUAUCGAGACAUAGCAAAACUAGGAAAGGUAUCUCUUAUUUCUCUGAUUUUAACCAUUGUCAUCCUGAUUGUUGUGAUGGUGAGAACAGUAACAUUCAGUCCACAAGUACCCAAAUCAGAAAAUGCAUGGAUAUUUGCAAAAUCAAAUGCAGUACAAGCUGUUGGAGUGAUGUCAUUUGCAUUCAUCUGCAACCAUAACAGCUUUUUAAUAUAUGGGUCUCUGGAAGAACCCACAUUAAAGAACUGGUCUCGAGUCACACAUGUGUCUGUCUCACUUGCUGUUAUUAUCAGUGUAGUGUUCGCCACAUGUGGAUAUAUGACUUUUACAGGAUACACAGAAGGAGAUCUAUUUGAAAACUACUGUAGAGAUGACAGUCUUGCUACAUUUGGAAGAUUUUGUUAUGGAGUUACUGUGAUUCUGACCUUCCCCCUUGAAUGUUUUGUGACCAGAGAGGUGAUUGCCAAUGUGUUUUUCCAUGGGAACCUCUCCACAAUUUUCCAUAUUGUUGUGACAGUAGUUAUCAUUGCUGUGGCGACUGGUGUAUCAUUAGUAUAUGAUUGCCUUGGAAUAGUUUUAGAGCUCAAUGGAGUUCUGAGUGCUACCCCACUUGUUUUUAUCAUCCCAUCAGCGUGUUACCUAAAGUUGUCCAAAGAGCGAUGGAACCAUUCAGAUAACCUCAUAUCCUGCCUGAUUCUUGCUGUCGGUGUGCUAGUGAUGACAGUUGGGUUUGUUUUGACUGUAUUGCAUCCCCAGGAAUGUAGCCAUGGAAAAGAAAUGUUCUACUGCAUCUCUAGUAAUAUUUCUUCUCACAACAGUACACUUCCACCACAGGUAGAACACCAAUCUGCAGACUAGGUCAUAUACAUCUCACAGCAAGCCAUACAUGCCAGUUUAAAUGACAGCGGAACAAAGAGCUUUUAUGCUUUGAUAGGCACUAAGAAUUUUAAACUGUGCAACUGUAAUUACAUACUUGGUUUUAUGGUGCCAUCCUUUUCCAGAUAGGACUUCAGUUUUAGCUGUUGAAACAGAAAUUCUCAGAGGUGCCUUUCAGUAGACAUUACUUGAAUAACUUGCAAACCUGUCGAAAAAGGCUGCAUUUUUUUUUUAACUUAGUCUUACAGCUGAUUAAAAUCUGUAAAUGAGACGUUUAGGAAUGUAGACAUCUCCAAUGUUUCAUUGCUGUAGUUUGGUACUAAUUUUAAAAUCUUUAAUGUAUAUUUGUUAGCACUCCAUAGUAUGAGGUUCUUUUGAAGUCCUGAAAAAAAAAAAGCAUGCAUGGAUCUGUCUAUGUGUAUUAAACUUCUGCUCUUCAUUUGAAAGAGCCCUAUUAAUUGUGUCUUUGAUUUUGCCAUAACUGUCCUGUAGUGCUGAAAGCAUCCUUUGUACUGGCUCUUGAGUCAAUUUUGUAUUCUGACUGAACUGUAACUGAUGCAAUUCAACUGUUAUUGUUACAACGUGUGGUCUUCUAAUUAAAAGAUACUGCAUGAAUAAAUCUACACAGGUGAAUUUUAAAAGACUCAAGUAAACAGUCUUUGUAAAAAUUUCAGGAUUGACAGAGAAGAAAAUAAAAGAAACACAGCUUGGUUCUUACAUUUAUAACCCUAUUGAUUAUUUCUGAAGCUGGAUUGAAACAUUGCUAUAUGCUAGGCCUGUGCAGCUUUAAAAAAAUCUGUAAGAAAACAUUCUGAACUUGGUUAUCAUUCUAGUCCUCUGUUUCUUUUCAAUAUAUGGCUAUUGAUUUUUUUCAUGGCUUGUUAAAUUCCAGUGGGUUUUUUAUUUA